AUGCUGAAACUGCUGACCGCGGCGCUUGGCGCCGCCGCAUUGUCGUUUGCAACGCUGGGCGCUGCCCAGGCCGACGGACACCAGAAGCUCGAAGACGUCCACUUCCUGAUCCCCGGCGGCGCCGGCGGCGGCUGGGACGGUACCGCGCGCGGCACCGGCGAAGCGCUGACCAAAUCCGGCAUCGUCGGAUCGGCGACCUAUGAGAACAUGUCCGGCGGCGGCGGCGGCAAGGCCAUCGCGCACCUGAUCGAGACCGAUGACACCGGCAUGCUGAUGGUCAAUUCGACGCCGAUCGUCAUCCGCUCGCUGCAGGGCGUGUUCCCGCAAUCGUUCCGCGACCUGACACCGAUUGCCGGCACGAUCGGCGAUUAUGCGGCGAUGGUCGUCAACACCGAUUCCGACAUCCAGGACUUCGGUGGCCUGCUGGACGCCUACAACGCCGAUCCGACCAAUGUCGCCAUCGGCGGCGGCUCGGUCGCCGGCGGCAUGGACCAUAUCGUGGUCGCGCUCGUCAUGAAGGCGGCCGGCGCCGAUCCGACCCAGGUCAAGUACAUCCCCUAUGACGCGGGCGGCAAGGCGAUGGCCGGCCUCCUGUCGGGCGAGAUCAAGGGGCUGUCGACCGGCUUCGGCGAAGCCAUCGAACUGGCCCGCCAGGGCGAGGUGCGCAUUUUGUGCGUGACCGCGCCCGAGCGGCUGGACGCCUCCCCCGAAACGCCGACCUGCGACGAGGCCGGCGCAAGCGGCGCCGAGUUCGUCAACUGGCGCGGCUUCUUCGGCGCGCCCGGCCUUUCGGACGAACAGGCGAGCGCCUACCAGGAUGCGCUGGAAGCGAUGUAUGAGACCGACGACUGGGCCACCGUGCGCGACCGCAACGGCUGGGUCGACAUCUUCAACCGGGGCGAUGACUUUACCUCGUUCCUUGAAGCGCAGGAAGAGCAGCUGGGCGGGCUUCUGCUGCUCGCCUUUUGCAUCGCUUAUGCGUUUCUGAGCCAGCAGAUCCGCCUGCUGCCGUUUCAGGAAAGCAGCGCCUUUCACGCCCGGACCAUGCCAGAGGUGCUUUCGGUGCUCGGCAUCGGCCUGUCGCUGAUCGUCAUCGCAUUUCCCGGCUCGAAGGCGCGGGUCGAACUGGCCGGUCAUGACUGGCUCAAGGUCGGCCUGUUUCUGGCGCUGAUGUCGGUCUACGGGCUGACCAUACGGCCGAUGGGCUUCAUAGCCUCGACCUCGCUUUUCCUGAUGAUCGGCUUCUGGAUGCUCGGCGAACGCCGCCCGCUCUAUCUGAUCGCCGUUGCCGUGCCGCUGGUCGUCCUGUUCUGGGUGCUGAUGACGCAAGGGCUCGACGUGUUCAUCAACCUUCUGUUCGUGAUGAUGGGGUGCCUCGCCGGCACCUUCAUCGGCAUGCUGCCGGGCCUUGGCCCGAUGUCGGCGAUCGCGCUGAUGAUCCCGAUCGCGGCGACGCUCGACCCCUCCGCCGGGAUCAUCCUGAUGGCCGCGGUCUAUUAUGGCGCGAUCUUUGGCGGCUCCACCUCGUCCAUCCUGAUCAACGCGCCCGGCGUCGCCUCGACGGUUGCCACCUCGUUUGACGGCUACCCGAUGGCCAAGAGCGGCAAGGCCGGCAAGGCGCUGGCGAUCGCCGCCUAUUCGUCCUUUUCCGGCGGCGUGAUCGCGGCGCUGUUUCUGUUGGUUGCCGCGCCGUUCCUGGCCAGCGUGUCGCUCUCCUUCCAGUCGACCGACUACUUCGCGCUGAUGGUGCUCGGCCUCGUCGCCGUCGCCGCCUUCGCCGGCAAGGGCGACAUGGCCAAAGCGCUCCUGAUGACGGUGAUCGGGCUGAUGCUGUCGACGGUCGGCACCGACCAGACCCAGGGCGUGCCGCGCUUUACGCUCGGCAUGAUCGAUCUGGUCGACGGCAUCUCGUUCCUGCUUCUGGUCAUGGCGACCUUCGCCCUGUCCGAAGCGCUGAUGGCGAUCCUCAAACCGAAAGACGACGCCGACCGGCUCAAGGAAAAGGAAGCGUCGGAAAACCUCGGUUCGAUGGCCGUCAGCAAGGCCGAGGUCAGGGAAAUGGCGCCGGUGAUCGGCCGUUCCUCGGUCCUCGGUUUCCUGAUCGGCGUGCUGCCCGGCGCGGGCGCAACCAUCGCCUCCUUCCUCGCCUACGGCACGGAACAACGCCUUGCCGGCCCCGAAAAGGGCAAGCAGUUCGGCAAGGGAUCGGUGCGCGGCCUGGCGGCGCCCGAAACCGCCAACAACGCCGCCGCCACCGGCUCUUUCGUGCCGCUUUUGACGCUUGGUAUUCCCGGUUCGGGCACCACCGCGAUCAUGCUCGGCGCGCUGAUCGGCUACGGCAUCCAGCCCGGACCGCGGCUUUAUAUCGACCAGCCCGAAAUCUUCUGGUCGGUGAUCGUUUCGAUGUGGAUCGGCAACAUCGUGCUUCUGAUCCUCAACCUGCCGCUGAUCCCCUACAUCGCCCGCGUGCUCGCGAUCCCGUCGCGGUUCCUGCUGCCGCUGAUUCUCUUCUUCUCGCUGAUCGGCGUCUAUUUCGUCUCGUUCAACACGUUCGAUAUCCAGCUCAUGGUGCUGUUCGCGAUCGCCGCCGUUAUCCUGCGCAUGCUCGAUUUUCCGAUGGCGCCGAUGAUCCUGGGCUUUAUCCUGGGCGGCAUGAUGGAAGAGAAUCUGCGGCGGGCCCUGCUGAUCAACAAUGACAGCUGGUCGUUCCUGUGGGAGCGCCCGCUGACCCUGACGAUCCUGAUCAUCGCGGCUCUGUGCCUGGUCGCGCCGUUCCUGACCGGCAAGAUCCGAGAUGAUGGCGUGAAGGCAACGGCACUUGCCCUGGCAAUCGGGGCGGCGGGCGGCGCGCUGGCGUUCGCCGCCUCGUUCCCCGCACCCUGGCUCACCGGCCCGGCCCUGUUCGUCACCCUCGCCUCGCUUGCGGGCCUGCGCCUUGCGAUCCCCAACGGCCUGCGCAACGCGAUUUUCACGAUCAUCGGCAUGACGAUAGGCGCGGGCGUGACACCGGACAUGGUCGCCACCGCCGCGCAAUGGCCGGUCUCGAUCCUGAUCGUGCUGGUCGCCAUGGUCGUCAUCAUGGCGCUGGGGGCACUGCUGCUGGAACGCGGCUUCGGCUAUGAUCGCGGCACGGCGCUUCUGGGCGCGGCGCCGGGUCAUCUGAGCUUCGUUCUGAGCUUGAGUACCACCGUCAAGGCCGACCUGCCGGCGAUCUCGAUCAUCCAGUCGACGCGCGUGCUUGUGCUGACGCUGGCCGUGCCCUUCGUCGCGUCGGCAAUCACCGACCGCCCCAUGCAGGACGCCCUGCCCGACGGUGUGGCGAUGACCGCGCCGGUGCUUGUCGGCACCGCGCUGGCUGCCAUCGCCGCGGCGCUCCUGUUUCAACGGCUCAGGGUGCCGGCCGCCUUCCUUCUCGGCGGCAUGUUCGCCUCUUCGGUGGGCCAUCUGACGGAGGCCGGGCCCGGCCUUGUGCCCUUCUGGCUCUCGAUUCCCGCCUUCGUCACGAUGGGCACGCUGAUCGGAACGCGCUUUUCCGGCGUCAGCCUCGCGCUGAUCCGCAAGGCGGCCGGCGCGGCCCUCGCCUUCACCGCGCUGGCGGGAACCGUCGCCGUCCUCGCCGGCCUGGUGGCGAUGGCGCUGCUCGACGUUCCGCUGGUGCAGGCGCUUGUCGCCUAUGCGCCCGGGGGGCUCGAAGCGAUGGCGGCGAUGGCGCUUCUGCUCGGCGUCAAUCCGGCCUUCGUCGCCGCACACCAUGUGGCGCGCCUUCUGUUCCUGACAGUGCUGAUCCCGCUCGCCAUGCAGCGCGUGGUCCGGCCGGCGCCGGGAGAUGCGGGCGUGAUCAAGGUCGAGGUGCCGGGUUCGGGCGAUCUUGCCCGCCAGCUCGGCGCCGAUCCGGAGCUCAACGAAAAGCGGAUGGGCGUAUCGUUUCUGGCGCAGAACUCGGGCAAGCGUUCGGUGACGGUCAAUCUCAAAUCCGAUGCCGGCAAGGCGGUGUUCGAGAAGCUGGUCGCCACGGCCGAUGUCGUGGUCGAGAACUUCCGGCCCGGCGUGAUGGACCGCCUUGGCGUCGGUUACGGGCGGCUCAAGGCGAUCAGGCCGGACCUCGUUUACUGCGCCAUUUCCGGCUUCGGCCAGGACGGGCCGCUCAAGUCGCUGCCGGCCUACGACCAGAUCAUCCAGGGCAUGAGCGGUGUGAUGUCGAUCACCGGCGCGCCCGACACGGCACCCUAUCGGGUCGGCUACCCAAUCGCCGACACGAUCGGCGGGCUGACGGCGGCGUUCGCCAUCUCCGCCGCGCUCGCAAACAAGACGGACCAACGUGGCCGGUUCAUCGAUGUCUCGAUGCUCGAAUCGGUGAUCGCGACCAUGGGCUGGGUGGUCUCCAACUUCCUGAUGGCCGGGCGGACACCCGCGCCGAUGGGCAACGACAAUUUCACCGCCAGCCCGUCCGGCACGUUCCAGACCGGCAACGGGCCGAUCAACAUCGCCGCCAACAAGCAGGAACAGUUCGAGGCGGUGUGCCGCGCCGCCGGACGCUCCGAUCUCAUCGCCGACCCGCGCUUUGCCAGGCGACAGGACCGGCUGGCGAACCGCGCCGCGCUGACCGCCGAAUUGGAAGCCGCAUUUGCCGGCAAGAGCGCCGCCGAAUGGCGCGCGGACCUCAAUGCAGCCGGCGUGCCGGCGGGCGAGGUUUUUUCGGUGCCGGACAUUCUGGCCCAUCCACAGAUCGCCGAACGCGGCAUGAUCGGCGGGUUCGCCGAUGCGCCCGGUGUCGGCCGCGAUGUGAAGCUGGCGCGCACCGGCAUCAAGCUGGACGGCGAGGCACCGUCCACGGCAACGCCGCCGCCGGAACUGGGCGCCGACACCGGACCGGCCGGCGACGACAAGUCCGCCCAGUGGUGGUCGACCGCGAUCAUCGACAUGAAGCCCGGCGAAAUCCGCUAUCGCGGCUAUGCGAUCGAGGAAUUGAUCGGCAAUGUCGGCUUUGUUGAGAUGAUCUGGCUGAUGCUGCGUGGAGACCUGCCAACGAAGCCGCAGGCGGCACUGCUCGACGCGGUGCUGAUGUCCGCCGUCGAUCACGGACCGCAAGCGCCCUCGAUCGCCAUUGCCCGCAUGGCUGCGACCUGCGGCGUCGGGCUCAACAAUGCGAUGGCCUCGGCGCUGAACACGCUCGGCGACGUGCAUGGCGGUGCCGGCGAACAGGCAGUUGCCCACUAUCAGGCGAUCGCGGCGCGCGUGGAGGACGGCGCGGAUGUCCCGGACGCCACCCGCGCUGAACUGGACGCCUUCACUGACGCCGGCGGCAAGCAUGUGCCCGGCUUCGGCCACCGGUUCCACCCGGUCGAUCCGCGCGCGCCUCGGCUUCUCGAACUGGUCGAUGAGGCAGCCGCCAAUGGCGAUGUUACGGGACGCUUCGCGGAGAUCGGCCGGGCCGUCGAAGACGAGCUCAUGCGCCGCAAGGGCAAGCGCAUUCCGAUGAACAUCGACGGGGCGACCGCCGUCAUCUAUGCCGAACUGGGCUUUCCCGCGCCGUUGGCCCGUGGCCUGUUCUGCCUGUCGCGCUCGGUCGGCAUCCUCGCCCAUGCCUGGGAACAGACCGGCGAAGGCUCGACCGCUGAUGCGGGCGGACAAGAUAUGCGCCGUCUUUGCAACUUGACCGCGAUGGCCGAUUCGCAAACGGACAGAGAGGGCAUCAUCGGGCGCGGGUCGCGCCCCAACGAUGAUGCCGGCGUGCCCGGCAGAACCGACGAGGCGCGCAUGCCGGACCUGAAACGCACCGCCCUUUACGAGCUUCACCAGGAGCUUGGCGCCAAAAUGGUGCCGUUCGCGGGCUAUGAGAUGCCGGUCCAAUAUCCGCCCGGCGUGAUGAAGGAACAUCUGCACACACGGCGCGCGGCCGGCCUUUUCGAUGUCAGCCAUAUGGGCCAGGUCAUCGUGCGCGGUGCCGACGCGGCCGCCCAACUCGAGACCCUCGUGCCGGCAAGUCUUGCCGGUCUGGGCGAAAGCCGGCAGCGCUACGGGCUGUUCACGAACGAUGAUGGCGGCAUUCUCGACGAUCUGAUGAUCGCCAACCGGGGUGAUCAUCUGUUCCUCGUCGUCAACGCCGCCUGCAAGGACGCCGACAUCGCACACAUGCGGGCGAACCUGUCGUGCCCGGUCGAAGUGGUGGACGACCGGGCUCUCUUGGCAUUGCAGGGGCCGGCAGCAGAAGCGGUUCUGACCGACAUCGUGCCCGGGGUGUCCGCCAUGCGGUUCAUGGACGUGAUCGUGACCGACAGCGCGUUUGGCGAAGUGUGGAUCUCGCGUUCGGGCUAUACGGGCGAGGACGGGUUCGAGGUUUCGGUGGCCGAUGACCAGGCGGUCGCGCUGGCCCGCGCGCUUCUGGCGAGCGACGAUGUGGAACCGGUCGGCCUGGGUGCCCGCGACAGUCUGCGCCUGGAAGCCGGGCUCUGUCUUUAUGGCAACGACAUCGACACCGGCACGUCACCGGUGGAGGCCGGCCUGUCCUGGUCGAUCCAGAAGGUGCGGCGGACCGGGGGCGACCGUGCCGGCGGAUUUCCCGGCGCCGAGCGCAUCCUGUCGGAGCUUGACAAUGGCGCGGCACGUCGCCGCGUCGGCCUUCUGCCCGAAGGCCGGGCCCCGAUGCGCGACGGUACGCCACUGUUCGACAGCGAAACGGCAGACAAACCGGUCGGCCACGUCACAUCCGGCGCGUUCGGCCCGACCGUCGAACGGAGUUGCGCCAUGAAAUUCACGGAAGAGCAUGAAUGGCUGCGCGCCGAUGGCGACGUGUUCGUCGUCGGCAUCACGGAAUAUGCGGCCGAGCAGCUCGGAGAUGUCGUGUUCGUCGAACUGCCCGAGGACGGCAGCGACGUCAAAAAGGAUGACGAGAUCGUCGUCAUCGAAAGCGUCAAGGUGGCCUCCGACAUCAAGGCGCCGCUCGACGGCACGAUCGUCGCGGUCAACGAAAAGCUCGCCGAUGCGCCCGCGCUGGUCAAUGAAGAUCCGCUCGGCGAAGGCUGGUUCUUCAAGAUGCGGAUCGACGAUGCGAGCGCCGUCGAGGCGCUGAUGGACGAAGCCGCCUACAAGGAAAUGGUCGAGAUGCUCAAGACGGUCGGCGCCGACAGUCUGGAUGCGCUGAUCGACGAGACCGUGCCUGAGGGCCGGCUGGAGGCGCUGCUCAAUUACCAGACCAUGGUGACCGACCUGACGGGCCUUGCGGUCGCCAACGCGUCGCUCCUGGACGAGGCGCUCGACGCGGAGACCGUGUUCGGCGCGGUCUUCCAGUAUCCGGGCACAUAUGGCGAUUUGCGCGAUUUCGGCGUGGAGAUGAACGCGCUGCACAAGCACAAGGCAAUCGGCAUCGUCAUCGCGGAUCCGAUGGCGCUCCUGCUGCUCAAGGAGCCGGGUGCGAUGGGCGCCGACAUCGCCGUCGGCUCGACGCAGCGCUUCGGCGUGCCGAUGGGCUUUGGCGGACCGCACGCCGCCUACAUCGCCUGCACCGAUGCGCUCAAGCGCGCCCUGCCCGGCCGCAUCGUCGGCGUUUCCAUCGACAGUCACGGCAACCAGGCCUACCGGCUGUCGCUGCAGACGCGCGAGCAGCAUAUCCGCCGGGAAAAGGCGACCUCGAACGUCUGCACCGCGCAGGCGCUGCUGGCCGUGAUGGCAAGCUUUUAUGCCGUCUUCCACGGACCCAAGGGCCUCAAGGCCAUCGCCCAGCGCAUCCACCGCAAGACGGCCUUCGUCGCCGACACGCUGCGCGAGGCUGGCUUCGAUGUCGAGCAGGACGCGUUUUUCGAUACGAUCACCGUCAAUGCCGGCGCGAUGCAGGGCGUUAUCAUCCAGGCGGCGCGCGACCGGCGCAUCAAUCUGCGCCGCAUCGAAGGCGGCCGGAUCGGCAUCACGCUGGACGAGACGACCCGCCCGGAAACGAUCGACCGGCUGCUCGGCGCGUUCGGCGUCACGGGCGGCGAUCUGGCGGCCUACAGCGCUGUCUGCCUGCCGACCGCGCUGUUGCGCCAGACCGACUAUCUUACCCACCCCAUUUUCCACCUCAACCGCGCCGAAACCGAGAUGAUGCGCUACAUGCGGCGGCUCGCCGACCGGGAUCUGGCGCUCGACCGGGCGAUGAUCCCGCUCGGCUCUUGCACGAUGAAGCUCAAUGCCGCAGCCGAGAUGAUGGCCGUCACCUGGCCGGAAUUUUCCAACAUCCAUCCGCUGGCCCCCGCCGAUCAGACCGAGGGCUAUCGCGAGCUGAUCGGCGAUCUGGCCGAAAAGCUGUGCGUCAUCACCGGCUAUGACGCGAUGUCGAUGCAGCCCAAUUCGGGCGCGCAGGGCGAAUAUGCCGGCCUUAUGACCAUCCGCGCCUGGCACAAGUCGCGGGGCGACACGGAUCGCGACAUCUGCCUGAUCCCGAUCUCGGCGCACGGCACCAACCCCGCCUCGGCGCACAUGGCCGGCAUGGAGGUGGUCGUCGUCAAGUCGAGCGGGAAUGGCGACAUCGACAUUGACGAUUUUCGCGCCAAGGCCACCGAAGCCGGCGACCGGCUGGCGGCCUGCAUGAUCACCUAUCCGUCGACGCAUGGCGUGUUCGAGGAGACGGUGCGCGAAAUCUGCGCCAUAACGCACGAGCAUGGCGGGCAGGUCUAUCUGGACGGCGCCAAUCUGAACGCGAUGGUCGGCCUGUCCAAGCCCGGCGAGAUCGGCGCCGAUGUCAGCCACCUCAACCUGCACAAGACCUUCUGUAUCCCCCAUGGCGGCGGCGGGCCGGGCAUGGGGCCGAUCGGCGUCAAGGCGCAUCUGGCGCCAUUCCUGCCAGGCGAUCCGGUGGGCGGCGACGGCGCGGUCAGCGCAGCCGCGUUCGGCUCGGCGCUGAUCCUGCCGAUCUCAUGGGCCUACAUCCAGAUGAUGGGUGGCGACGGGCUCACCCAGGCGACCAAGGUGGCGAUCCUGAACGCCAACUACAUCGCCAAGCGGCUCGAGCGCGGCUACGGCAUCCUGUUCAAGGGCAAGGCCGGGCGGAUCGCGCAUGAAUGCAUCCUCGAUACGCGUCCGUUUGCCGACAGCGCCAAGGUCAAUGUCGACGACAUCGCCAAGCGGCUGAUCGAUUCGGGUUUUCACGCGCCGACCAUGAGCUGGCCGGUGGCGGGCACGCUGAUGGUCGAGCCCACCGAAAGCGAGACCAAGGCGGAACUGGACCGGUUCUGCGAAGCGAUGCUGUCGAUCCGCGACGAGAUCGCGCAGAUCGAGAGCGGUGCGAUGGACGCGGCCAACAAUCCGCUCAAGAACGCGCCGCACACCACCGCCGACCUGAUCGCCGAGUGGGACCGGCCCUACAGCCGCGAGGUCGGCUGUUUCCCGCCCGGCAGCUUCCAGGUCGACAAGUACUGGCCGCCGGUCGGCCGCGUCGACAAUGCCUACGGCGACCGCAACCUUGUAUGCACCUGCCCGCCGGUGGCCGAGUACCAGGACGCAGCCGAAUAG